UGAAAACCGGAAAUUUCAAACUUGAUUUUAAACAUUUUUGAUAUACCCCUAGGGGGGUGACACUUCGGUUCCGUCGGGUCUGGCACCUCGAGCAUGGAGCUGAAACCUCGAGCUCGGAGCCAGCACCGAGCUGGAACCGUGUCUGCAACUUUGAUUAAAAAGAAGCCGAUUUUUGUAAAUCUAUUUAGCGUGCAUCGCACAACAGCUGUCACUGUCAGCCAAAAAAAUAUAAACAAAACCCAACCUGUUUUUUCCUGCGAGGAUUACACGCGUUUUUUUCGGACUACCCGGAUGCCAAGCGGUCCCCGUCGGAACCCAGCUGCUGUCCACGUCGACCACGAUUUGACCACUUACUCGAGCAGUGCUUAAUCAACGUCAACUGGUGUUUCCUGUGCUGCAAGGGCGGAAGUCUCAUUUGCUGCAAAACCUGUCUGACGGCCUUCCACCUCGAGUGCCUCCAGUUCAACCCGCCGGAAGGUCGCUUCAUCUGCAGAGAGAUCGAAUCCGGCCGAAUGCACAUGUACGACGGGAUCGUCUGGGCCAAAUAUUCCAUGAUCAAGUUCUGGCCCGCGCUCAAGAUUUCCCCGCCAGCGGUCCCGGACGUAGUGUUCCGGCGGAAACACGAAAAAACGGACAUUUACAUGCACUUCAUCGACAAGCACGACUUUGGCUGUAUCAACCGCCUCCGGUUUCAAUCUGCCUCUAUUACGAGGGCGACUCGGACAGCGUGACGGACCGGAAGCGGUCGGACAUGAUGGAACGGUACAACGAGGCACCGCGCGUGGUACGGCAAGUUUGCGAACGGCUGCAGGCACAAACAAAUCACGCCUUGGAAUCGUCGAUGUACGUGAUGAUCAAGUCCAACAAACAUGUUGCUCCGCUGAGAGGGCGAAACGCGGCCGGAGACGAGGAGGAGGAUUCAAUCUGUGAGUGCAAAUCGUCGGACACGGACCCGUGCGGGCUAGACUCGAACUGCAUCAACCGGGCGAUGCUCGUGAAGUGCAAUCCGAAGACAUGUCCAGCUGGCAAAAGUUGCCAGUACCAGUGCUUCAAACGGAAGCAGUACCCGGCACUGGCGGCCAAACGGAUACCCAACAAGCGCUGGGGUCUGGUCGCACAAUAGUACAUCCACCAGGGUCAGUUUGUGAUCGAGUACGAGAGGAGAUCAACAACAAGCAGUUGGCGCGGCGGAUAAAGCAAAAGCAGGAGCAAAAGGACGAAAAUGACAACUUCCUGAUGGUGGACUCGAAGCUGACGAUCGACGCGGGGUCCAAGGGCAACUUGGCCCAGUUCAUCAACCACUCGUGCGAGCCUAACUGCGAGAUGCUGAUGUGGAAGAUCGGCGGAAGCUAAUCCGUGGGGCUAUUUGCCCUCAAGGACCUCAAGGCGGUAAGUUCUUCAAAAUCCCGGUAAAAACACUUCCUACAACUAACUCUUCUUACUCUUUUCACCGCCAUUGCUAAGACCUCACCUUCAACUACAACUGCCAAUGUUGUGCGGGCAAGUGUCCCGGGCUAAACAUCACCCAAGGGAAGGAGAACUGGAAUGAGGAGACUCCACGGUCUUGCGCGACUUGCAUGUGCAGAUUGCAACAUGGGUUUCCUGCUCGAGUGCUCAAACGCCAAGAGUGACGACGGCGGCGGCAACUACACCACAUCCGCCACCCACGCCUGCGCAAAGUACCAAGCAAAUAUUGCGAUAUUGAUCACUCGAUGACGGAUUCGAACUUGGUUGAAUACAGGACGAAAAUGGUCGCGAAAAUUCGGUGGAGGAGAUUUGGACCUGAUAGUGGAUAGUGAUGGCCACGGACAGUGACGUUCUGAUACUCCCGUUCUUAUUGAGUUAGUAUCAGCAGCUUUAGUAGUAGCUGAACCGGAACGGGAUCUCCUGCGACCGGAUCAAUAUUCUUGUCGGAAUCCGAUAGUGGCACUUAGGUUCUGGCGGGUCUGAGGGUUUUAGUUCUAUUUAUUGUAUAAUCCAUGUUACAUGUUCUUUUACAAUUUUAUAAUAAAAGAUGAUAAGGGGGUGAAUAAAAGAUGAUAAGGGGGUGAGUUACUUGGCAUUUUCCGUUACUCGACUGCA